GCUACUGAAACCACUCAAAGUCAUACAAGUAUCUCAUCAGGGGAAGCCAGCAAAAGAAGCAUUGAUUUUCUGCCUAAUGAAACAAAACUAGAUCCUCAACUAGAAAACAAAGACUUAAAUACCAAAGAAAAAAGCGAUCCAGGUGUGGAUGAAGAUGAUGUAGAGGAGGAUUCUUUUUUUGAUGAUCCUAUACCCAAACCAGAAAGAACUUACGGUUGGAAAACUGAAGCUAAUAAAACCAGAGGUCUAGCAUCCCUUUCUGAUGCACCACCUCUAAAAAGUGGGUUAGGCUCCCUGACUGGUGCACCUUCGCUAAAGGAGUCUGAUAAUUUGAAUAGAAACUCUGUUUUGAAAGACCUGAGGUUGGUGAAUGCAAAACUGGGAUCGCUAGAAUUAGGAAAUGGAGAUGAUGAUGAGUAUGGUGAUGACUUCAACAGUACUAGUCAUCGCUCAGAAAAAAGUGAUAUAAGUAUUGGUGAAGAAAUAGAUGAAAUUUCUGUGGAAACAGAAGAGUGGAAUACCAGUGAUAAACUUGAAGGCAUCACACAAGACCUUACCAUUUCUCAGUUAAGUGAUGGUGCAGACUAUCUAGAAGACGUGGCAUAG